AAAGAGACAUUAUUAUUGAAUUUAUAAAAAAUGAAGCUUUGCUUUCAUCUCUUGUUUACGGCUAGAUCAUUAGUGAUCUCAACGGAUUCAAGCUCGUAGGUUCUUUUUGGCAUUCUUAGACUAAACAACUGCGCCUACAUCUAUCGGUUACUCUAUCACCAAGGCACCUAUGGCUAUGUCACCUUGGUUCGAAACGGUGAUGGACUACUCAUGGCUAAGAAAACAUCUUUCCUCAAAUACUCGGAGGAUCUCGAGAAAGAAGUAAGGAUCAUGGAUCGCUUCUUUUCAAUCAAUUUCAACACCGUGAGAGCCACGAGCCCUGCUGUCUCCUACGAAACCAUGCCAUUCAACGUGAAAGUCUGUUCCAUUCACAUGGAAGUCGCACCACAUGGUUCACUCAAAGACAUGCUGACCAAAGCCGGCGGGACAUUACCGGAGAACGUCAUCGGUUAUUGCAUUUUCCAGGUUCUUGAAGGGCUCAGGGAUCUUCACCAACACGGUUAUGUCCAUUGUGAUCUCAAGCCAGAGAACAUACUCAUCUUCCCGAGCUAUGCUCAUGAAGAUCUUUGCGAGCUCAAACUUGGUGACUUCGGUUCGGCUAAGGAACCCAAUGGACCUGAUCCAGUGGAUGGGUUUUUGUUCGAGGACAAUCCGGGUUAUUUGGUUCCUGAGGCGGUCGGGCCACGUGGAGUGAUCUCUUCGGCGGUUGAUAUCUGGUCCUUAGGUACCAUGGUGAUUGAGAUGAUGGGUAUUACUAUAAGUGGAUGGAGUGAUUACGUGCCGGGGACUCUAUCGCAGAUGACUUGGGACUUUGUGAGGAGAUGUAGAGUGCGGAACCCGGGGGAUAGAGCCACUGCGGAGGAGCUCAUGAGUCAUGAGUUUGUUAGACAAAGUCUUGGGGCUCCACCGCUUGAGCUGCUUCCAGUUCCUUCAUGCUUAAGUAAUGGAGUGGGUUAAGGAAGGCUUUUCUAGAAGAUAUAUGCUGGAAUGUGAUGAAGAGGGCCCUGAGAUUGCUGGUGGAGAUGAGCUGGAAAGGAAUGGUUUUUAUUUUCGUUGGUGUCAAGUUAUUGUCGUUUAAAAGAAUAAGUUAUUGUCGUUUAAUUUGCAUUUCAUUUUGUUUCUUGUGAUAAAAAAAAAAGCAUUUUGUUUCUUAUUAAUAUAAAGGUAAACUAUGUUCUUAUAGCAUUGUGAUCUGUGUUUUUAAUCAAUAUAUUGUUGUGUUCUUAUAACAAACGUCCAAAACGUGGACCUUUCGUUACUGACCUGAGACAAUCUCCAACUAAUUGAUAGGAUUCUUAGGAAGAGGUUCUUAGCGGAAGUUAAAAAACUGUUUCUUAACUUUUAACUAAAAAAACUAAGAACUGGUUCUUAAAGUUCUUAUUUAAAAACCGGUUCUUAGAUUUUUUAGUUAAAAAUUAAGAAACAGUUUUUUAACUUCUGAUAAUAACCUCACUCUAAGAACCCCGGGUUAAUCAUGGUCUUAGUGUUCUAAAUCAAUUUUUUAAUUGAAAAUAAUCAAAUUAAAAAAUUUUA